AUGCGCUUUCUUGACCUCCAGGAGGAUGUGCUCCUCCUUACCUGUUCCCUUCUCUCCGUUGGCGAUAUCCUGCUUCUUCGACAGGUCUGCUCUACAAUGGAUCGUUUAAUGCGGUUGAAGUCAGUUUGGCUCACCCAGCUUGCCUGGCUUUUACGCCAGGGCAUUCGAAUACCAGCAUAUAUUGAGGAUCACCUAGCCUUGAGCUCACCCGAGUUGGAAUUGCUUGUGCGGCGGCUCUCGUACGCCUCGCAAAAAUGGACGCAGACAGAAAAUCGAUCGCCGUUUCGGACGUGGUCUAUCAACCUGCCUCAAUCGAUCACCUGGCUUCAUCUGGCUCAAGGAAGAUGGCUGUUUGUUGCCUCCUCGGACGAUAAAGUCAGCAAACUCAGCUGCUGGGAUAUUUUUCGCAUAUUCAAAGGAAACACGGAACCCAUUGCCCAGGGCUACUUACCAGAUGUGGUCAAGACCGGAAAAGCUGAAGUUCAAGAUCGUGAGAUUGUGCUAGCUCUUGGUCUAGGCUCACAGUCCAACUCCACGCGCAUCAUUACGCUGCGCAAUGUACGCAAAGAGUACUCUCUCCUCGAAAUCGCUUGUAUUCCGCAUUCAACACACGUUCUGAUGCUAUCGGGCUCAUUCGUUGGUUGCGCCAUUCGUCAACAGAGCAAUGUUCCGCAUUUAAUCAACUGGAGAGAAUCCCGAAUAGUCGAAAUCCUGCCUCCUCCCGGCGGCCUCGAAGCUCACGGUCGUAGAAACGUGCCGCUGGCCAUGACGCUAUGGGAUGACAAGCUCGUCAUCAUUCGCAGCCUGGCUCUCGAACUCUACGACUUCCCGUCUGCUGCUACUGAGGCUUCAGUCGCUUAUCGUGGGAGUAUCAAGCCACCCACGAUCUGGGAAGUUCAAGUGCUUCCUCUUGAUUUGGCUGAUUCGCCCUUGCGCCUUGUUAUCCUCUCUCCAGUUGGCCUGGAACUCAUCGCCUUAGAUCCCCUUCGGAUUCAUGAGCUCUACGAAAGCGAUGAAACCUGCCCAACUACCUGCAUCGUACGAGACCUACCAGACUGGUUAUUCGAUUACCCUUGGUACCGACUUUGCGUCACUCCCGAUGGAACACGAGCAACCUGGCUUGAAGCUGCCCAUCUUGGAGAAGAAGACUACCAUCAUCCUCGCUUUCUGUCCGUUCUGUUACCUGUAGAACCGGAGCAAGUCAAUCAAAACAACACACCGCAAGUAUGGGAAAUUGACCCACAGAGCGACCCUGCCAUCUGGGCUCGACCGCAAAUCAAAGUUGACGAAACUCUGGGUCUCACCGUAGUUGGAAACUGCUUUGGAGAGCUUGGAAUAUAUGACUUUGCUCAUGGAACUGCAUUUCCGAGCAAUGACCUCAACCGUGUGGAUGACUCGGUUAAUGGUCAUUCACUAUCAGAAAGUCCGAUUCAAUUGUCUCAUCGACGAGGACCAAGGUCGAGAAUGACGCAAGCCGAAUUCCGAGAUGCAACUGCUCAUUGGUCGCAAGAUGGAAUAGUUGAUUGGAUUUGGGUUAAUGACUGGUACGAAGAUCGUGACUGGGCGCGUGUGUUUCGUUGGGGCGAAGAUCCCGGCCGCUUCGGUUGGUCGAUAGACCACGAAUAUGGCUUCCCCGGGGAGGUCCUACUACAAGCCUACACCCCACGCGAAUACGCAGGGGACACUCCGUGUAUUCUUUUCCGAGUUGGCAACCGCUAUCUUGUCGAGGAUGGGGACGGGUUUAUUCGUUCGUGGCCAAAUAACGUCGAUCACGGGUUCAUCGUCGAGGCCUCCGACAUUGAAGACCCAAUGCAUCCCACGAUUGAAACAGAAAAUAGCGUAUUCUGGAAAUCAUUUCGAAUGGAUUGGAAAACCCGCACUCCUCGGCGUAAUCGAUGGGUUGAGCAGCAGGAAAGAGGCGGUUGUACCGACUUGAACUUGCAUUGGCAAGAGGACGCGGUUGCGACAAAUGAUGCUACAGAGGAAUGA